UCCAGUAAUCAGGAGGCUAUACUAUAUGGUUGGAAGGAUGCAAGGAUUAUUUUGAAAUCUGGAAUGUGUUUGUAAACAACCAUCAUAAUGAACCAUGAACUAAUGCAACAUUUAUGCCCAAAAAAAUCAUCACAUUUCUUCAUCUGAAACUUCCAAAACACCUCAAGAUAAACACUUUUGGGUCUUCCACUUUGUUUGUGUCGAAGAAAUCCCAAACGAAUAGUUAUUGUUAUUAUAAACGGGUAGACGUUGGGCUGCUUGUUGACAUUCAAAGCCUACUCGCGCGGCGGUGUUGGUUAGUUUUUAGGUUGAUCCGGAUCAUAGGCAUCGAUCGAGUUAAUUGGAUUGGAUGGGGCUGGGGGGCAGCAUGAGCUUGUUGAGGGGAGGCUCCUCCUCCUCCUCCGGCUACUGCUGCUGUUCUAGUAGUAGCAGUAAUUACGGAUACGGUCGUCGUAGUCGUCCUGUACUACUACGAGCUCUACUUCCCUCUGCCACUGCUUCUGCUACUUCAUCUUCAACGCCGCCGCCUCUGCAGCCUCUCCUCCUCCUCCUCAGGCCCAGAGAUAGGAAGAAGACGAUUAUACCAACAACACCAUUCUCCACUUCACCUCCUGCUAAGCCCAAUUAUUACGCCUCCUCCUCCUCCUCCUGGGCUGCUACUGAAAAACUAACACCACCAUUUCUGCCGCCUUCCCCGGUCAUCACAAAAUUUACUCCUGCUACUGCCAGUCCAACGUUGUUGCCGGGGUGGAAACGCUGUUUCUGCACGGCCCCAUCCUCCCACUCCUCCGUCAAGGUGGAGGAUGAUGACGAUGAUGAGAUGACCAAGAUCAAAGAAGCCGCCAACUCAUUGGACAUUCGAGUGGGCAAAAUUCUCAAGGCCUGGAGGCACCAGGAAGCUGAUUCCCUCUACGUCGAAGAGGUCGAUGUUGGGGAGCCUGAACCCAGAAUCAUUUGUAGUGGCCUCGUCAAAUAUCUGCCCCUCCACCAUCUUCAGGGCAUCAAUGUGGUUGUCCUUGCUAAUUUGAAGCCAAGGAAUAUGCGUGGUGUCAAAUCAUCCGGAAUGCUGAUGGCAGCUUCUGAUGCAUCACAUGAGAACGUGGAGCUACUAGUGCCUCCUGAAGGCUCAGUUCCUGGUCAGAGGAUAUGGUUUGGUUCUGUGGAUGAAAAGGAGAGUCUUCCAGAUGCCGCAUCGCCCAAUCAGAUUCAGAAGAAAAAGAUCUGGGAACAGGUUCAGCCUCAUCUGGGGACAGAUGACUCCUGUAUUGCUGCACUUGGUAUGCACACCAUGCGAACAACUGAUGGUGUUGUGGUCUGCAGAUCUCUAAAGAAUGCUAGAAUAUCAUAACAGGCAGUUGGAAGCUCGUCAAGGUCACAGGAUUCUUUGAUCUCAUAACUUGCCCUUCUAGCGUGCUCCACUAUCUGCUGCUGUCUUUGGACCUAAAUUUCUGUGAAGUAUCUACUGCUGGUUUUUAGUGAGAUAUUGCAGGAAGAAAAGGCAAAAAACUGAUAAAUGAUAAUGGGCCUUGUCUAUGUUUGACCUGUCAUAGUUUACAUCACUAAUGUAUGGUCAUUCUUUUGUCUUUUAUCUAUCUUUUGUUGACACUUUGGCAAAUAGCUGAGAAUGUAAUCUGGCUUGCAGACUUGACCUUCGGAUUGUUUUUUAUUAGGUUCUGCUGGCUGUAAAAAUUUAGGAGCAUUGUGACUUAAAUGGUACCAUUAAGAUUAGAGUUGAUUUUGUUCAA